UGUCUACUCUUUAACACAUAUUAAGAUAUUUUUGAUUUCGACAUCCGUUUCUUAAAGUUUGGAAUUUGUGACCGAGUUUUUUUCAUUGGUCAGUAAAUUAUUAUGUGGGGUUCAAAAAUGUGUCAAAGGUUUGCUUUUGAUCAUAUUUUGAGCUGUUGCAGUCAAUUCUGUGGCGAACCUUAGCAUGCACUGUGCAUAUUAUUUUGGGCCCAGAUGCUGGUUUCUGAACCUUAGUGGAUUUAGUUGGCCGAGUUGUUUGCUAAUGUAUCUUUGUUCUGUUUUUGUUUCAGAUUUUUCUGCAUCAACCUGUUGAAGACUUCUUUUUGGCCAUUUAUCUUGAUUGAUCAUUUUAGAGUGGUGCGGAAUAUGAAUGAAAAGGAAAUUGGUUGGAAUUGGUGAAAAUUGUGAUUCAAGUGCCUAGAUGAAGACAGUAAAAGAUUUGCGCCUAGGCGCGGGCGAUGUGCAGAUCCUGCCUGGGUCUCGUCAUCGUCCUCCUAUGAAGAAGCCAAUGUGGAUUAUUGUCUUGGUUUUAUUCGUAUGCGUGUUUCUAAUAUGUGCUUAUAUCUACCCACCAAAAAGCAGUUCUGCUUGCUACAUCUUUUCUUCUGAAAAUUGCCGGUCAAUUACUGAUUGGCUUCCACCAGCUCCUGCAAGGGAAUACACAGAUGAAGAGAUUGCAUCACGAGCUGUUGUUAGGGAUAUUUUGAAAACACCUCUAGCACUUUCAAAGAAUCCGAAAAUCGCCUUCAUGUUUCUGUCACCUGGUUCUCUACCAUUUGAAAGAUUAUGGGAUAAAUUUUUUCAAGGACAUGAAGGGAAAUUCUCAGUAUAUGUGCAUGCAUCUAAGACUAAACCAAUUCAUGUGAGCCGUUAUUUUGUUGACCGGGAUAUACGAAGUGCUCAGGUGGUGUGGGGUAAAAUAUCUAUGGUUAAUGCAGAACGACGACUACUGGCAAAUGCUUUACAAGAUCCUGAUAACCAGCAAUUUGUUUUACUUUCUGAUAGGUAAAUAUGUGCCAUGAUAUUGCUUUUAAUUAUAUUCUUAU